GUGAGAGCAAAACGUAAGAUCAACGCUGAUGAGAGCACGCUGGACGUAGCAGUGCUCAUCAGAAUGAUGCUUCGAAGUCUCUUGCUCGCUUUGGCAACCUCGCGAUGCGCUGGGGAUGGCAUUGAGGACAGCAAGGCUGCAGAUGAUGCACCGCUCUGGCGGCGCGUCGUCGACGCGGUCCCAAAACGCCUCAGCACGCUGACGUUAACAGAACAACGCGACCGCAUGGCCCUCUGGCAGCGCGGCAUCCACGCACUACCCGAGAAUGUUGAUGUGGGCACCUACGCGCGGCAUGCCCGCCUCCUACCGAUCUUGAGACACCGCGGCGGCGCCGACUGCUCGGAGCAGGGCUGCGACGUCGGCAAGGUCGACUACGGCGCGCUGACGCGGAAGCUCGGCCCCGACUUCGCCGAGGCGCUGCGGGAAAACGAGCGCGAGCACCUCAAGGACUGCGCCAAGUCCUGCGAGAAGUUUUAUUGUGGGGCCGCCCCCUCAAAACCCUGGCAGACGCGGAGCAUCUCCAUGGGGAGCGUGCCGCCGGAGGACUUCGCGCAGGAGUUCGCGUUUCCCCUGGACCUCAUCAAGGUGACACAGGAGCCGAUAGUCUCCAAGGAAGAAGCCGCGAGGGCCAUCGCGUUGGCAAGAGAGGAAAAUGUUGAUAUCAACGAGUACACGUCCGGCAAGUAUAAACUCGGAGGCGACUGGCUCGCGAAGAUGGACAAGACGAGAAAUUGGUUCAAUACUCAACUGGAGGAAAAUAUCUUCCCGGCCAUCGCGGCGAGUUUCCCCGAGGUCGUCACGAACGUCUCUACGCUGCGAGCUCAUAGUGUAGCCAUGCUCAAGUACAACGCGACGCACCCGCGCACCGACGUUCAUAUCGACAACGGUGUCUUGGCUUUGACGUUGGCGCUGAGUCCGCAGACGGACUACGAAGGCGGGGGUACCUUCUUCGAGCACCUCGGCGAAGAUGCGCUCGUGGAAAUGGACGCGGGGCACGCGACGUGGCGGCCUGGCAGUGUCAGGCACGGCGGCCAUAGAGUGUCGAGUGGUCAGAGAUAUAUUAUUGGGGCAUUUUUACUGCUGGAAGAUAGGGUCGAGCACGUGAGGCGGUUAAAGAAUCGCGGUGCCAAGCUUCGACAGAAAGGCGACUUAAAUGGCGCCAUCCGGCACUUCGAGUGGGCGCUGGCCAUCAACGGCAAGUGCGCGACGUGCCUCAAGGAUUUGUCCGAAUUGAGAAGUUCGCUGGCGGACAUGGAGCCCCAGCAACGUAAUGAACAUCUCAAGGAGGCAGAGGCGUUCAUCCGACGGUCGCUGGACCUGUUGCCUUCGGAUUCUGAUGCUCUCUUCAACCUCGGAUUAGUCUUGUCGAAGAAGGGCGAUUCGAAGGGCGCCUUGGAGGCGUACGAGGCCUCGGCGGCGGUGAACGCCGACGAUGUGGAACUGCUCUACAACCUCGCGAUGAAGUACGAGGAGGCAAACAGGAAAGAAGAGGGUAUACAAGCGUACCGCAAGGCCCUGAAGGCGCAGCCGUCCUUCGGGAAAGCUAGAUGUAACCUGGGGGCGGCUUUAGCGGAGAGCGGGGACCUGGACGGGGCUCUGGUCGAGUUCCUCGAGGCGGUGCGCUAUGAUCCUUCCUCUCCGACGCCGUGGCAGAAUUUGGCGGUCUUGUACCACAAGCAGGGUGUUAGUACCGUGCAGGGCCUGGCGCAGUGCGCCUCCAAAGAAGCCGCCGUCGAGAUUAGUAGGACGGCGUCUCAUGCCUUGGGGGAGGCCGAUAACGCUUGGCGGAAGGUCAUGGACUUGGUCGACGACCAGCGCACGAAGCAGGAGACCGUGACGCGGCUCGCGCAAGUCCUGCAGCUGCGGGGCCGCGCCGUCGCGAUCGAGGACCCCGCCGCGGCGCUGCCCCACUUCCUCGAGGCGACGCAGCUGCUCCCGACGGAGCCGAGCGCGUGGGAGGCGCUCGCCAAGGUCUACCACAUCGUCGGGGACGAGGUCAACAGCAAGAAGGCGGGGGCGCGGCUCGGGGUGCUGCGGUCGCUCGCGCCGCAGCGGUAGUAACUACUCGUUGCCCA